GUGGUGCUGCCAGAUGCUGCAGAUGCUGCAGAUGCUGCCAAAUGCUGCCACUACUCUGUGAAGAGAGAAGCAAUUGCGGCACUGUCCCCGGUCCCCACGAUAUCUACGCCCACAAUGAUCCCCUCGCCGCGCUGUCUGGCGCCGGGCUUCGUCAAGCGGAGUCUGGAUGAGUUCAAGCGUGUCUCUAACAUUGCGUUGAAACUCGAGGGCCUCACAUCCCCUGGGAGGCCGUUCCCUCUGAUCUUCUUCGACAAGCCCGAUUCCCUCUCCGACUGCAAACCGAUGAGCGAUCAAGACAUCGGCGGCUUCUCCACUAUCCACUUCGACCACCACCCCGCCACCUCCAAAGAACCCGCCCACGCCCGAUUCCAUGGAGAGAUAUCAACCAAGCUCCCUGCAGACCGCCCGCAAGUCCAGCGCACAGGCUACGCUGCCUGGCGGACCCUCGACCGGCCCUUUACCAUCUUCGGCAGGUCGCUGUGGGACAUAGAUCCCUUUGAAUACCUCGCCGUGCAAUUCAAGUCCGAUGGCCGCAAAUACUUCAUAAACGUGCAGACAGAGUCGAUAGUACCCACAGAUAUCCACCAGCACAGACUGUACGCAAAGACGCCCGGGGAGUGGGAAACGGUGCUGAUCAAGUGGAGCGAAUUCGUGAGGACGAACCAUGGCCAGGUGGUUGAGCCGCAGCGCGAGAUGUUGACGCAGAAGGUGCGGACAAUCGGGAUUGGCUUGAUUGACAGACAGCCGGGGCCGUAUGAUCUCAGCAUCAGUCGGAUGUGGGCGACGAAUGCAUAUAAUGAAGACGACGUCCUGAAGGAGGCUUUCCGUACAAGCAAAGGUUCCCCGGAACCCCCGAGAGCCGUGGGACCCAGGAGGCCGUCGAAGGAGGAACCAGAGGAAAUCCUGAUCUAGGCUUGGCACGAGUGAUAUGGGUUUGAGGCGCCUGGAGUCAAUCUUGGGCCUGUGGGAGUUACUGGAAAUGUUAUAGCAUAACGAGGCAUCUUCAUGAUCCCGACACCUGAAUAUGAUAUCUAGUAUAUAUUGGACCAUUCUUCCCUGC